AUGUCUUUAGACCUACUACUCAAGCGUAGCAUGGCAAUGAUGCUACUGACUUGGUUUUUGGUUGUUUGUUGUGUGUCAAGUCAGCAACAACAAUACCAGCACGCUGUCAUGGACGACAUGCUGAAUCGACAUGCAUCUCUUUCUCGUGAUCAAGCACCACGUAGUGUCAUUGUGGAUUGUCCAAAAGGCAAGAGCUUGAUCUAUCGUUUCAAAUCAACCACUUUGAUCGGCUCCAAAUUGUCAUCCUUACAUGGACGAAGAGUUGGAGGUCAAGAAAAUCAACUCGUUGGUUUAGUCAUGCUCACAUGUGGAAGCGAACAUGUGCAUGAGCGUGAUCUGAAUGUAGUAAUGGUUUCAUUCCCAAAAGUUUACUUUUCUCAAUUCCAAAAUGUGGGCAAUGAGACCAUAUUUUCAAGAAGAAAAUACAGAAGAAUUUCUUCAACAACUGACAUGACAAAAGAAAUGAACAAGAAUCCUAUCAUUUUCAUUCAGAGAAAGAGUGGGCACAUUCAAAAGCUAAUUUUUAGAAAAUCAGAACAACGAUGGAUUAGAUCUAUCAAAAAGGGAAUUAUUAGAAUGUUUACUACUGAGACUAGAAAGACUUCUCGUUCACAAACAGAUGGUGUUGGAGGAAAGUAUGUUCAACAAUAUGAGAGAUCCAUUUACACCAACAAGGAAAACAAGAAAUCAAUCUUGUUCAUCUCGCAAGCAUUCAAUCAAGAUGACGUCAGCAAGUUAUCAUAUCACAAGAGAAAUCUGAAAUUUUCUGCUGUUCAUUUGGUGAGAGUGGACAUGCAAAACUCUAUCAUUAAGAACACUGGAAUUAAGUUUAAGUUAAGUUUUGACGAUGCAAGAAAUCAUCAUGCAUUUAGAGAAUUUGAAAAGUUGAGUUUGAAAGCCAAGAAAGACAGAGUCCCACCACAAUCCGGUGCUUCCCCAUACAUGGAAACUGUUUCUGUGGGAUCUGCCAUUUUGGACCAAGUGAUCGAUAAUAAGGCAAGCAAUGGGCAUAGAAUUUCUACAAUUUUCUUUAGAGAUGCAGUGAAGGAAUUGGAAAAGAAUGGGCGUCACAUAAAACUUGGUGCUGAGUUUGAAUUUGAAAAUACUUUCAUGGUAUUGAAGAAAGACAGAACGAGCACAAGAAAAUUGCAACAAAGGCACUUCAAUCCUCGUGAAAUGUUCAAACUGUUGAGAGCUCUCAAACGAGAUCCAAGUGGUUCAUCAGAUGUUUCGAAACUAAUAACAAGUAUUUCUCGACAAGUUAGAUUUCAUCCAAUUCGUGCAGCUACACUAUUAAUUCACGAGUUGUUUCAAUGCAUGAACGAGCUGGAAAAGGUUAACAAUGCACAACAUGCAUUCGAAAUUAAGAGAUAUAUGGAAGCCGUUCAAGGUAUUAUUUCCACUGUUCACAACUCCAAAAUUCAAGAUUCUCUCGUAGACAUUUCUUCACAACACCCAGAUUUGGCCUCCAAUUACGUUUACACUUCUAUUGUGAUUCCAAAACCAACAAGAAAGGUGUAUGAUUUUUUAAACAAGCUACAAAAAGAAGGUUAUGAUGCAACCUUACACAAGAAUGAUGAUAUUCGUGAAAAUGCUUAUAUGGCCUUUGCUGACUUGGCUUCACGUUUAACCGAUGACCAUUUGAAACAUCACAUUGUGGAAGAUAUUUUGACAAGAAUUGGUAACAGCAACACCGAAAAUGAUUUGAUCAAAUACUUUCAUGCUUUAAAUAAUGCAGGUUCGGCUGUUGACAUUGGUAUUUUGGAACACUUCUUCCUGCAUCCUAACAUUCCUGUACGAGUUAAAGUGUUAUUAAGCGACAAUAUUAAGAAGAGAGUCAAAGAUGAUCCGACACUCGAUAAGAUGAUUCACAACUUGAUCAAUAACAAUGUUGAAUUAGAGUCAGUGGUCAAGACUGCCAUAAUUAAUGCUCAAACUGAGAGGGAAAAAACUUUGAAAGUUGGUGCUAGUAUCCAAGAUUUUGUGAAAGCAUACUACCAAUGCAAUCAUGAAGACAUCAGGAGUGCCAUUCGACAUUAUCUUUAUACUGUUGGAACUAGACAAGCUGGAGAUGCAUUAGCCCGCUUAAUGGAUCUCAACAAUUUAUCUCGUCACACCUCAAAGCACUUGUAUUCUCAAUUUAGUUUAUCUUCAGACGACAUGGAACUAUUAACGCUCUAUGACAAUGAAUUCCUCUCAGAUAGCAUAUUCUUUGGUAAUUUCUUCCAACGUAUUGGAGAUGCUGUCAGAAACAUUGGAAAUGGAAUUAGAAACGUUGUUCAUCAUGUGGGUCAAGGUGUCUCACGUGUUGCCCAUGCUGUUGGAAGUGGAAUUAGAAAUGCUGCAAAUUGGGUCAAAGAUCGAGUGGAAGGAGCUGUAAAUGCUGUGAGGAGAGUUUUCGAUCAAAUCAAAUCUUACUUCCAAUCGGCCACUUGGAACAACCAACAAGCUUGUGUUCCUGCUAAUGAUAAUCCAACAGACCAAAUUUGUCUCUACAAUCCUACUAUCGUUUCAUUUGUUCAAAACCAAGGAGAUUUAUCAAGUAUUAAGGCUUCCAAACAUUAUGAGUUUGAAAAGUUAGUUGGAACUAAUUCCGUUCACAUGUAUAUGGGUCUUGCUGUUUACGCAGGCACCAGUUUUGAAUGUUCUCCAAAAGUUGACUCCACUACAGGUUUUGAAGUGGUAUUGUAUGGAAUGGCUGACUCUUAUGUGAAAUUCUUCUCCAACACAUGGAAUAUUAUUGCUGCCUCAGUGGAAUUGCAAAAACGAUAUGAAAAUCCAAUCAAAGAUAAGAUUUAUGUAAAGAUAUUCCAGACCACGUUCGUGGAUGGAACGUUUAUUCCUGACAAGGUUCGACAAGUGAUUGAUGCAUGUUUCUCUGAAACAAAACCAAUUUUAGAAAAGAGACUGCCUAAACUUGUAGAUCAUAGUUUUCUAGUUCAUGUUGGUCCUAUUCCCAUAUCAUUCUCAUUCAAUGUUGCAUUGAACUUUGGUAUUGUUUUGAGAUAUGGAGUUUGUGUUGGAAAACUUGAAGCAUCUGCAUCCAUUGAGCCAUACAUUUCGAUUUCAGUUCAAGCAGAUGGUGGAAUUGGUGUACCAGUGGCCAAAGCUUCAGUGUAUGUUCGUGCUGGUCUCUCCUAUCGUAUCAUUCCAAGAUUGGCAUUUGAAAAGUGUAAUUUAUGUGCAGCUUUGACACAUCGUUUAGAUGAUUGUGGGUAUGAUGCUGGUCUUUCUGCAUCGCUCAUGACUUGGUCCAAGGAUUUUAAACUCUUCUCGAAACAAGAUACACCCUAUAUCAAAACCUUAUUCGAGAAGUGUAUUGGAAGAGGAGAAUAUAGACCUUCACAAAAUGACUCUCCAGGUUCUUGGACUGUUGGAAGUAAUAAUUCGAGCAGCAACAAUGAUGGAAGCACAAGUGAAACCAAUCCAAACACCAAUAAUUGCAUCACAAAUGAUAUGGCAGCAGCAAGUGAUGGUUCUCAGUCGUUUGCAUUGAACGAGCGAGUGUGGAAUGAACAUUCUCCUCGAAUUCACAAUUAUAGACCAAUGUUUGGCAAGAACUCUUGGAAUAUUCCAUUCGAGAAAGCUCCUCCCAAGCCAAGUGUAGAGACGUUGAGAUCACCUCUUCUUCUUUCACCCUCCAUUCGAUUGAAGAGAAGUUUCCUUACAAGAGUGUUGACAUUCGAAAUUCUUCAAAAGGUUCCAAUCAAAUACCUUCGAAGAUUGCCUUCUAAAUUCUUUACCCUCACACGACAAGCCAUGAACAAAAUUCCAUACCCUAUUUUAACUCUUCCUUCUGAAACUAUUAUAGAGUUUUUGAAGAGACUUCCUCCAAGAUAUUAUCAUCGUGUCAAUGAUUUACCCAAACCUUCUGAUUAUACUGUAGUCUGGCCUAUGAGAGUAUUAAAAAAAAGAUUUCCAGAGUCUGUAUUGAAACAAGUGCCAACCAAAUAUUUGAGACACUUACAUGAAGAAAUUUUGAGAAUUAGAAAGCGAGUGUUGCAAAGAAUUCCCAUUCAGGUUUAUACAACAGGAGAAAAAGCCAUUGUGAAAUGGGUGUGUGAAAAUUAUCGACAAUUGUGUUUGAGAAUGUACAAGGAAAUGAAAUAA